AUGACAGUCGAACAGUGUGUGGCCGAGUGCAAAGGAAACGGCUUCCGCUAUGCUGGUCUUGAGUACUACGGCGUCUGUUACUGCGGCGCCACGGUCAAUGGUCCCCAGCUCGACGAGUCCAAGUGCUCCUUUCCCUGCAGCGGGAACAAGACCGAGAAGUGUGGUGGCGACAACACCCUAUCUGUCUGGCAGGAUCCCACGUUCCCCAAGGCUCCCAACGAGGUCACUGUCCAAGAUUACAAGUCCCUCGGCUGCUACACUGACGAGUCCCACCUGGGUCGUACGCUGUCUUACCCCCUCGCCCUGGACGCCGCAACCUUUACCACGAAAAAGUGCCUCGCUGCCUGCGAGAAGCAGGGCUACCCCUUUGCCGGCACCGAGUUCGGCAAGGAGUGCUGGUGUGGCGUGGUGCUCGCCAACGAUACCGCCAAGGCGGACAAUGCCCAGUGCGAUAUGCCGUGCCAGGGGGAUUCUUCCGCCACUUGCGGUGGGCGCUCCCGUCUGAGCUUGUGGGUUGCCAAGGACCUCGAGUCUCUUGAGCCUUGUGAUGCUCACCAUGGUGCGACUACCACGGCUUUGCCUCCUGCCACCACUGCGGAGACGACAAAACCUGUUGAGAGCACUGCUUCCACCAAGCCUGCCGAGACCACCACGACUGGACCGGGAUAUACAAGCACCACCAAGCCGGCCGAGACUACCACGACGGGACCUCGGUAUUCAACAACUACUGCUGGGCCUGCCGAGACUACUUCUUCGGGGCCUGGGUUGUCGACAACUGCCACUGAGCCUGCCGAGACUACUUUCUCGGGACCUGGGUAUCCAACUACCACCGGGCCCGCCGAGACCACCACUACGGGACCGGAGGAUACAAGCACCACCGGCCCUGCUGGGACCACCACGACGGGACCUGGGUAUCCAACCACCACCGCGCCGGCUGAGACCACCACGACGGGACCAGAGGAUACAACAACUACCACCGGGCCCGCCGAGACCACUUCUUCAGGCCCUGGGUAUCCAACAACUACCACCGGGCCUGCUGAGAGCACGACUACGUGCCUAGGAGAUACAAGGACGACCGGCCCUGCCGAGACCACCACGACGGGACCUGGGUAUCCAACCACCACCGCGCCGGCUGAGACCACCACGACGGGACCAGAGGAUACAACUACCACCGGGCCUGCUGAGAGCACGACUACGUGCCUAGGAGAUACAAGGACGACCGGCCCUGCCGAGACCACCACGACGGGACCUGGGUAUCCAACCACCACCGCGCCGGCUGAGACCACCACGACGGGACCAGAGGAUACAACUACCACCGGGCCUGCUGAGAGCACGACCACGGGCCCAGAGGAUACAAGUACCACCGGGCCGGCCGAGACCACUCCUACAGGACCUGCAUAUCCAACUACCACCGGCCCUGCCGAGACUUCUUCGGGUCCUGGGUAUGCAACGCCGACCGCUCAACAGCCCAGCCACGACACCAAGACUCGGCCAACAGGUGACGAAACUACAUCCACCGGCAAACCUUAUACAACGGCUACCGGGCCACUCCCCACUACCGAGAAGCCUACCACGACCACAACGUCUCCUACGACGGGCGGUCUGUGCACUUCUCCCGUGACUGUGCCCCCCAAGUGCGAGUGGCAGUGCGGCAACUGGUGCGCACCUCCUCUGCCUCACUGGAACGACAAGAAGGGCUGCCGCCAUGCCCAAAAGACCUGUCACCAGCAAGUCAGCUCCUGCUUCAAGAAUGCCGGCUGGCCUGGUUCGGUCGACUGCUUCAAGUUCAAGGCCUGGUGUUUCUUCAUCGACAGCUACUGCCAGACUUCUUGCCCGAGCGGGAGCUGCGGCAAAUGGGACUGCUGGAACAAGCAUCACGGCGGUGACGGAAACGCUCCCAGCAACCCGCCCAGCAGCAGCACCACGGUGUACCCGUGCCCUGCCACAUCCAAGACGCCUGCUGCGCCGACCACGACCAAACCCGCGGCGUCGUGCCGGCCCCAGCCCACCAACAUCUGCACCCAGCCAGCCAACGAGAAGUACGGCUACGGUCCCGGCAAGCCCGUCGGAGGCAUCCCGUUGCCCGUCGUGGGCUGCAACGACUGCGAGGACGAGUUCGACGAGAAGCCGUUCAAGUUUUACACCGAGGCCGACAGCCACGACUGCCCCGGCUUCCCAUGGCCCGCGUGGCCGAGCGUGUGCACCGAGGCCUGCGAGGAGCAGCACCGCCAAUGCGUCGACACCUACAGCAAGGGCUGCGAAACUCUAGGCUGGAAGAACGGCUUUCACAGGCGAGCCGGCGAAUCAUUCGACCGGUGGGACGGUUCCAAGCGACGGCCUGCGUCCAGGGGCUCGGAUUCCGAGUCCUGCGCCUCUGCGGGUUCCGACCACGCGGGCGUCUGGCUCGAGCCAGGAUCCGACAGCUUCGACUGCUGGGGCUGGGGCGGCAACCAGCCCAGCUGGGCGAUUGCGCGCUGCGACAAGCAAUACAAGGACUGUGUACGCGUCAACCGGUGGGUUGAUGGCGAGGACAAGUGCAAGGCUUGGCCUGGCUGCUAA